AUGGGUGUGCCUAAAUUGUGGGAAUUAAUUCAACAAUCAGGAACAGAAAUCGAUAUAAAUGCAUUAGAAGGAAAAAUAUUGGCAAUUGAUGCAAGCAUCUGGAUUCAUACUUUUGUUAGAGCAUUAAAAAAUGAAAAAGGUGACCCAAUACCAAAUGCACAUUUAUUGGGUUUUUUUAAAAGAAUUUGCAAGUUACUAUCACUAAGAGUUAAACCUAUAUUUGUAUUUGAUGGCGGUAUACCAUAUUUAAAAAAGAAAACUAUA